AUGUCAGAUCUUUUCAAUAUCGAAGGCGUCCAGUCCUCAUCUCCCGUCGUGGAGACGGAUAGACUGAAAGAAAUACGGCUGGAAAGGGAAAACAACACGCUGUUGGAGAAGAGAAACAGGCUGUUGAGGGAGAUCGAAGAGUUGGAACUGAAAUGGAAUUCCUUGAACAACGAUGUCUCGAGCACUGAAUCCCAAAAGGAAGAGGAUGAGCUGAUUAUGGAUCUCAUAAAAAAGGCAUCACAGACUGGGGGCAACAACGAUGAUGCACCUGACGACCCACCUGAUGAGCUGGUGGAAUUUGAUGACUUCGCAUACUCGACACUACCACUUCGGGACUGGUCGAUAAGGCAUGAAUACCUCAGGAAGUUCUAUCCGUACAUUCAAGUUCUUUCACCACACUCUACACUCACAUUACACUACAUCGAUGCCAAACCUCAGGUAUUGAAAUCCCUAUCAUUUGUCAUACAGCACAGCACAUUGUUUGAGUUUGAGGUUGCCAUCCUAUUACGAAGCAAAGACAAUAUCUACAGUGUCUAUGAUCUGAAGUUGACAAAGACAUCCAACAAUAGGUUUAACACAUUGCUGAUCUCAAUUGCAGAUCACUUCUCACAGACUAAGAACAUCAACGGGUUCCUGUAUACAUUGAACGCUUGUUUUGAGUCGAUUACCAAAAGGCACAGUACGUUCAAAGAACUGUAUCAGAGAUACGUCUCAGAUGAUUUCGAGUCAAGGCAUUCAAUUUACAAUAACACUGUACAUCUUCCUCCUAUUCAACUAACUUGGGACAUCGUCUUUGAUCCCCAUGACGGUCUGUAUUCUCAACUGACUGUGAACUCACAAUUUAAUAGCACUUUCAAGGAGAUGUUGGAAUUCUAUGGCUUGAAGAAGUCCAUUGCCCUACUAUUGGAGAAUAUCGAUAAUGUCUCAUCACCGUAA